AUGGUUUAUGGCUUAUUUAACCUUACUAUUCGGUGUACCUUCAAUUUUAAGUUCCGCAACCAGUACGAUAGCGACGUGACGGUAUGGAGUCCACAGGGCCGUCUGCACCAAGUGGAAUAUGCGAUGGAGGCCGUAAAGCUUGGUUCCGCAACGGUGGGAUUGAAAAACAAGGAUUUUGCCGUCCUGAUAGCUUUAAAACGAGCUUCGUCCGAGCUGUCGUCCCACCAGAAGAAGAUCAUUUCCAUCGAUGAUCAUCUAGGUCUGUCCUUCGCCGGUAUCACGGCUGACGCUCGUAUUCUCAGCCGUUAUCUGCGCCAGGAGUGUCUGAACUACAAAUAUUCCUACGAUGCGUGCUAUCCAGUAGGACGCUUGAUUAGUAACCUUGGCAACAAGAUGCAGGUCUGCACACAACGGUAUGACCGGCGUCCGUAUGGUGUUGGACUACUGGUGAUCGGUUACGAUGACCAAGGACCGCACAUCUACCAAACAUGCCCAAGCGCCAAUUUCUUCGACUGCAAAGCGAUGUCAAUUGGAUCCCGUUCGCAGAGCGCCCGUACGUAUCUCGAGAAGCAUCUGACUACGUUCCCAGAUUGCACCAAGGACGAGCUCAUUCGUCAUGGCGUGCAGGCGCUUCAAGAUACGCUGCCGAACGAGGUGGAGCUGAACAACAAGAAUAUAUCGAUCGCUAUAGUGGGCAAAGGAGAAAACUUCCACGUGCUGGAUGAACAAGAGAACGAUAAAUACUUGAGCAACAUAGUGCGUCGUGGUGGUGCGGCCGCUGAGGCAUCCGCCAGCGGACAGCCACCCCGCGAUGAUGGCGACGAUCAACCCCCAAACGUACCAGCGGAUCCGAUUCCAGUAGUGGCGAUGGAAACGUAA